ACAGUUGCAACAUUUAUUUGGGUCCCGCUUUGUGUGUGUACCGUUACCUCAAAUUAGCUUGAUUAGCUACGCGUCCAGCCAAUGAGCGUUUUCAUUUUCUUUGGUUGCUAACGACUUCGCGCGUUGAAUUUUAAGCAUACUUUCUUAAAGCUGUUUUUGUCGUAGCCACCAUCAGCAGCGAUGGCGAGCCGCCGCUCUUUUCACUCGCAGCUCUCGUCCAUCAUGGAGACGAUGGCCAAGUCUGCCCUGAGCCAGGUCUGCAAACUGGUGGAUGAAGACUCGGCUGAGCUGCGGCAGGAACUGUCUCGGCUCCUGUUUGCAAAUUCAGCCCUGGCAGAGAAAGUAAACAGCCUAGAGUGCGAGCUGACUAUAGUGAGAAGCGACGCUCCUAGUUUGUGUAAAAGUUAUCGCAGCGUGGGUGUGCAAACUGUGUGCUUCAGAGAUGAGGAGGCUGCUGUGCCUGGACCUCCCACCAUAGAGGGGAUCUUUGGAAAAGACUGGUGCAUGAAUCUGUGGAAAGACAGAGACCCGUACAGUCUGCAGAGAUACACAGAUUCACCACAGUCUCCUGAUAAGUCUGUUACAGAAAUAGCCGACCAAAUAACUAUGACUGAGAUCAAAGAAGAGGACUAUGAAGGGGAUGCUGCCAGUAGCUGCCAGCAGGAAACACUCAACACAGAAGAACAUGAAGACAGCAUGGCUGAGGAAGUGGAGCAACUUUCAGUUGAUUACAUGUUCGAUGGCAGCUCUUGCAGCCUAUCCUUUGAUCAGGAUGGAGAACAGGUUGUGUCUACAGAUGGUCUUGAAGAACCACCUGUGCAGAUGGUAUCCAUCAGUGAUACAGAAGAAGCUUUCAGCACUCAUAUCAUUCCAAUCGAGGAGGAUGAUGAUGAUGAGGAGGAGGAUGAUGAUGUUCAGUUUGUUCAAGAAAGUCAGCAGAAGCCAACAAUAAACACUGCAAUUGGUCCCAGCCAUGACGAGCAGGAAACAAUGCCAGAAGACAGUACAGAAAAAAACUCUGCUCUGGAGAAAGAUUCACACAAUGACUUUAAUGUUCUUAAUGUAGAAACUUCCAGAGAUCAAAACAGAGAGCGAUUUACUUGUCAAAUAUGUAACAGGACAUUCUUUCACAAGGGUACUCUAACACACCACAUGAAGUCACACAAGUCAAACUUUUGCAGCAUCUGUAAGCAACAUUUUCCUCACAGAAACAAGUUAAACUCACACAGCUGCCUGCCUCCAGUUCCCUCUCACAGAGUCACUAAGUCAUGCGAGUUGUGUGGGAAGAGCUUUGCCAAUCCAUCGGCUCUGAGGAUUCACUAUGUUGUCCACACAGGAGAGAAACCCCACAGGUGCAGCUUAUGUGGGAAAGGGUUUACCCAGAAAGGUAAUCUGAAGUGUCAUCUGCGCAUCCAUACAGGGGAGAGACCAUUUCGCUGUGUUAAAUGUGGGAAGACCUUCACACAGAAGGUGAACCUCAACCAUCAUUUAAUGGCACAUAUAAAUCGAGAGGUUGUAGGAGAGAGGCCCAUAGCUAGGAGACAUGUUAAGAACAUGAUCGCAGAAAUCCGUCAGUAACAAACUGAAGUGCAGGAUCAGCAACUUAUUAACUUUGAUGCCUCUUGUACUGUACUGCAUCUUGUACUUUAGCAUAAAGGUAGUUAAUGUCAUGUCUAUGACAUGUAGUCUGUAGUGUUGUGCUUAAAAAAAUCUUGUGUGGGGAAAAUAUUUUAGUAGUUCAGUGUUUUGUCUUUACAAUAAAAUUCAAAUGUUCACACUGUGAUAUAAUUUCUUACAUUUAAUUUCUCCUUUUGAAUUUUUUUUGGGUCUAAAACUGAAGUUGGACUUAUCAGUUUGUGUCUUUUCAUAUUCUACUUGAAUGAACCAAGUAUGUGUAACAAGACGUUGUGAAGGACAUGCAGAUGUGAGUACAAAGGGGAGAAGUAUGGAGCCUUUCUUUCUUUG